GACUUCCUCAGCAGCUGAAGCCAGCAGCACAGAGCAUUAGGAAUGUUUUUUCCUUCUCGUGCAGCACUGAUCCGCCUUACAACAUCCUGGGCAGCUGCAGGAUAAACGCCGCAGCUGUUUCUCAUCUCUAAGGAUUCAGAUGCAGGCAAAGUACAACAGUACACUGGCUAUGCUGGAUGACGAUGGGGAGACCACCCUAAGCCUACAUUCCCAAGCCCUGACCAUUGCUCAGAGACCAGAGAGCAAGAACACAGGAUACCCAACUAUUUCUCCAUCUUGGCGCCCAGUUGCUCUAAUUCUGUUGACUUUGUGCCUGCUGUUGCUGAUUGGACUGGGGGUAUUAGGGCUUGAAUUUUUUCAGAUCAACCAACUCUCAGUCACCCAGAGGGAUAUUCUCACUCAAAAGGAAGAAAGGCUGGCAAACUUUUCCAGACAGUUGCAUUCUCUCCAGGCCCAGAACAGGAAGCUCACAGAUACUCUGCAUCACCUGGCUAAAAAGCUCUGUCGGGAGCUCUACAACAAAACUGGAGAGCACCGAUGCAGCCCCUGCCCUAAGAAAUGGAAGUGGCACAAAGAUAGUUGCUACUGUUUCUCUAAGGAAAGCAAUACUUGGCAGGGAUGUGAACAUUUCUGCGCUGCUGAGAACUCCACCCUUCUGAAGAUAGAGGCACAAGAUGUUCUGGAAUUUGUGAUGCCUCAGAGCUACUCUCAGUUUUUCUACUCUUACUGGACAGGGCUGUCCCGCAAUGGUAGCGGCAAUCCUUGGCUGUGGACGGAUGGAUCUCUCCAUUCCUCUGACUUGUUUGAGAUUGCCAUUGACUUCAGCAGCUUACGGAGCUGGGACUGUGUGACAAUAUUGAAUGGAAGGGCUUUCUCAAAGGAUUGUAAGGAGCUGAGGCGUUGUGCAUGUCAGAAGACAGCAGCAACAGUGAUGCCAGAGUGGCUGGAAUAAUCUUCCUAAAGACGAGUUGGAGGUAAAUGGACCUUCAAACAUAUCUACAAACCAAAACGGAUGAAAGCCAAGCGGGAGAAAGGACAAGAGCUCUCCGAAUCCCUGGGAUCUCUGUGAAUACAAGGAGAAGAGCAGGUCUCUCUGGCCAGUAAAAAAAGAAUCUUCUUCAUGGAAACUACCAAGGAGGAUCAGCCCCAUACACCUGGGUUUAAGCACAAACUUUUCAGUCCCAGAAAAAUCCAAUUUUGAUACUCCACCCAGCCCUGGAUUCACAUCCUCUAUGUCCGGGCCUUGUUUUUAAUUCUCAAGAUCCUAAUUUCCCUCAUUUAUACUGGUUGUUAAUAUCCCUCUGCUGUCAUUCUUACUGCUUUUAAAAGGAAAAUGAGAAAUUCUUGGACAAAAGUUAUGCCACUAACGGAAAAUUCGGUACCCCAAAGAAUGACCAUCAUUGAUCCUUUUUUUUUGGUUUGUUUUUGUUUUAUGGUACACCUCCCGCAAUUUAUAACACCUGAAUGAUUUUCUUCCUUUGAGAAUCAUUUAAAUAUUACAAUUUUCUAAACCCAUAAUGGAUUCUAAGAAUUUUUCAUUUGCCCCAGAAGUCUUCAGGGAGGAACGUUUAUCUGAGGCCUACAGCAGCCAAGGAUAUCUAUUUUAGAUCACUAUGGGAAGGAAUAAGACUCAUUUCCUCCUUUCAAGGACUUGGGAGUCCAGGGAAAAGUAAGGCUCCAGAUGUCUCUCCUUACAGGGGAUUGGUGACUUUUAAGGUCCUUUUCCCGCUAGAAAAUUACCAUCAGUCCUUUCAGGUACUUGUACAAGAAUAAAUGUGUGUGUAUAGGCUGACUGUGAGGUGAAUUUGCAGUUGUAUUCAGUGCUCUGUGCUGUGAGGGAAGGGGUGGGGUCCCAUGACAGAGUGUCGAAGCCAGGUUAUAAAUGAAUUAACUUAGUCCCAAAGAAGGCAAAUGGCUUUUUUCCCAAGCUCACAGGAAAGGUUAAAAGAACCCUUAAGACAGAAGACUAAACUCCUACAUGAAGAGACUGCCAAUCAGCACAGAAGGUGACAGGAAGAGGCAAGCCAAAGGACCCUGUACACGGUCCCAAUAGGGCCACUUACAUCCUGGGUGUUGUGUUUCAGAUCAAUUUUCAGUGAAAAUGUUGGAUGGUGGUAAGACUUCCACAAGUUACUUAGAAAUCAGUCAGCAACUUCUUUGUGUCUGAAAAGUUCCCUAAAAGUUGUCUGCCAGUUCACUUCUUGGUUGCUGGUUAUGCUGAGAAGGUGGUGUGGCUCCUGGGAAAUGAGACUAGAAUGAAGAACACAGAACAAUCUGUAUUGUCAGCACUAUCAUACUAAAUAUUCAGGCUUAUGUUGGAGCAACAGAUUGAAAUUUCAAGGGGAAAGUCAAAAUAUAUAUUCUUCAUAGAAUCUCCUGGGACAUCAAUAGAGGUAGAGAAGCUACAGAAAUGUGGGGAAAGUCCUUCCCCAGGUAUCUGUAGAUACAUUGACAAUCUGUGAAGUACCUAGAUUUUAUGGGUAAGGAUCGAUGAAAGUUGCCAAAACACGUGUUGGAAGGGUUGAUGCAUGCAAGUGUUAGCAUCCCACAAAUGUGAAUUGUAUGUGAUUAUUCUAAGAGAAAUGUAACUGUGAAUUAAAACAAGCUU